CAUACAUUCCUUUGGCCUUUUGGGUUUACCCAACACAAACAUUUUCUAUCUCCUUCUACGAUCUUCUCCAUUUAAGCCUCAUCUGCCUUAUCUAAUAGCCAUCCCAAAACCUUUCCAUUUCCCUGGCUUCUUCGGCAAAAUAUAAAUCUGUCCUCGUUUUCCUAGACCGGUAAGUUCGUUUAUCUCAGCAGGUUUUGCAUGUGAUUCUGCAGAAAGUUGAUUUUUGGUAGCGAGAAAUUAGUCAUGAGUCGAAGAGCUGGAAGUCCGAUGCUUGAAUUGAGGCUGAACCUGUCGCCUCCGAGGCCGGCUAACCCACAAGUAGGAUCCCCAAGCACGUCAGUUUCGUCCAGGGAGAUGUCACCGGAGAGUUCGUGCGUUUCGUCGGAGCCGGCAGUGGAGAGCAUGCGAUACCCUGAUCCUAGCCCAGAGGCGACGUCGAUGGUGUUGGCGGGGUGCCCUCGAUGCCUGAUGUACGUGAUGUUAUCGGACGCGGAUCCCAAGUGCCCUAAAUGCCAGAGCACCGUCCUGCUUGGUUUCCUUAAUGAAUUCGAUCAAGAGAGCCCCAAGAAGGCAAGCAACUGAAAAAGAAAGCAUGGCUUCUUCUUCUUCUUCUUCUUGUUAAUUUUCCUGUAAAAGACUUCUCUGAAUUAGCAUGUAGGCCCUUGUUGAUUCCUUUUAAUGCUUUUUGUUCGGUUUAAUAUGUUGAAGUUUCUCUUUGCUUCUCAAUUAAUUUUCUUUGAAAGA